AUGGGUCUUCUUUCACUCUCUUACACGCGCCCAAAGUAUGUAAGCCGUCAAUCAUUCCGUAACAAUACGAGCAGCGACUCGCUGUCCGACGCGGAAAAGUCCGAUGCUACGGAUAAUUCCAGCUCUUCUCGUUCCUCCACUGGAAUACCAGACUCGCUGUCCUUUGACAGGAUCAUUGGUGGUGGCACAUGCCCUCCCAUGACUCUCCGUGACUUAAUGACCUACCUUAUCUAUGUGGAGCAUGCUGCCGAGAAUCUUCAGUUCUAUCUCUGGUUCCAGGACUAUGAGAAGCGCUUUAAUGCGAAUCCAACACCAGAUUUGAAGCUCGCUCCCGAGUGGACUAGGGCUAUGCAGGACGAAGCUGUCAUCAAGAUCAGAAAGGAACAAUCAGAUAAGAUGCGAAAAGAGCCUGAGGCAGCGGCUAUCUUUAAAGGUAGCGACUUUGAGAAGAAGGCCGGCAGCCAGGACCGGAACAUGAGUGCUGUUGAUCCCUUCGCAACACCCCCUCAGAGUAGUAAAGGGGACGAUUCCUCGAUUUAUACGGCCUCUUGCACCAUGAACUCACUCAAUGCAAUGAGUCAUCAGAGCCAAGCAUCUGACGCCUUCAAUAUGGCGGGAGCGCAACAGCCUUUCACGAUCCAGCCAUUUCGAGAAGAGAUCAACAGGGUGAUCUCAACAUAUAUAAUGGAAGGUGCACCUCGGCAACUGAACCUAUCCUCUUCUGAGCAGAAGGCGGUCAUUGUAGCGCUGUCCAAGACUACUCAUCCUAGUGCUUUUCGAAGCGUUUUCAAGACUGUUGAUUCAAGCCUUCGGCACCAAGCUCACCCCAACUUCAUCCGAUGGUCUAUCUGCAAUGGAAACCCUGCUCGCGUGUUCUUCGCUCGAUCGCUGGGCGUUGGGCUAAUCGCCGCAGGCAUCGUUGCUGGGAUCAUUCUCACGCUGAGCAACGCUGGCCGAGGAUACCGGGCACUGGCAGCCGUAGCCCUUGUUCUUGGCAUAAGCACACUUGUUGCGGCCUACAAGGGCAUGUGUGUUGUUCUGCAUGGAAUGCAUCACCGUCAUGUCAGGCCGUGGGAACUUUUUGUGGACAGCGAGAAUGUGGAAGAUACGCAGAAGCAGAGCUUUGACUCGUUCGGAUCUAAAAACAGCUACGAGGAUGAACCCUGGGUCGUCAAGUACGAAAAGCGCAAUGUUGUCCGCAAAGUGUUCGACCGCGAGAUCUGGAUUCAGGAGCCAGCAUUGCGACAGAUUCAAGACACCAUCUUCGUCCAGGCAAUACUCGCUUCAGUUCUCCUAGGCGGCAUCAUCACAGCGAUCUUUGUUGCUGUUCCAGGAGGCCAUUUCUUUUGA